AUGAGUGUCAUUUACUUGCUAGUUUGGUUCUCCAUUUUUCAUCCAUUUUAUACUUUUCCUUUCUCUUGCAUCCUUCAUUCUUUCCACAACUCUCAGUUUUGUCCCUAUUUUCUUUUUUUGUCAAAUCACCAGCAUUUCUGUUGCUCUUCUGAUUCCUCUCUCCUCACUCUGUCUGUCUGUCUGUCUGUCUCUCCGUCUCUUUCUCUCUCUCUCUCUCUCUCUCUCUCUCUCUCUCUCUAUCUAUCUAUCUAUCUAUCUAUCUAUCUGUAUCUAUCUUACAACAAUUCCUACAUCAUUGACUACCAGAAACAUUUAUCACUUUCUCUCAUUUCUCUCUAUCUCACCCUUUCUAUAUUUCUCCAUCUUUCUGUAUUUUCAUUCUCCCUUAUUCCUUCGCUUCUUCUCUAUUCUCUCUCUCUCUCUCUCUCUCUCUCUCUCUCUCUCUCUCUCUCUCUCUCUCUCUCUGAUAAAAGUAUUCCCAAGUGGCACUUUUAA